AUGUAUUGCAGCAAUCUCAUGGUGUAUUGUGGUAAUCCUAUGGUAUAUUAUUGUAAUCCAAUGGUGUAUUGUGGUAAUCCCAUGGUGCAUUGUGGUAAUCCCAUGGUGCAUUGUGGUAAUCCCAUGGUGUAUUGUGGUAAUAUCAUGGUGUAUUGUGCUACUCUCAUGGUGUAUUGUGGUCAUCUCAUGGUGUACUGUGGUAAACCUGGAGUGUAUUGUGGUAAUCCCGUUGUGCAUUGUGGUAAUCCCAUGGUGCAUUGUGGUAAUCCCAAGGUACAUUGUGGUAAUUCCACGGUGUAUUGUGGUAAUCCCAUGGAGAAUUGUAUUAAUCCCAUGGUGCAUUGUGGUAACCCCAUGGUGCAUUGUGGUAAUCCCAAGGAGUCCUGUGGUAAUCCCAUGGUGCAUUGUGGUAAUCCCAUAAUGUAUUGUGGUAACCCCAUGGUUUACUGUGGCAAUCCCAUGGGGUACUGUGGCAAUCCCAUGGAGAACUGUGGUAAUCCCAUGGAGUACUGUGGUAAUCCCAUGGAGUACUGUGGCAAUUCCAUGGAGUAA